AUGAAAGGUUACCAUGGAGAAGGCAGCCAGUCACAGCCUCCAUGUCACUGUAUCCCCGAAACAAGAGAAAGAGCUCUGGAUAUCCCUCAUCACGGCCAAGACCUACGCAAGUCAUACCCUCGCAGCACCUCUGAGUCUUGUUCCCUGGAUCUGCACUAUUGUCCUUCUCGAACUGCUGGCAUAACCCCAGAUUGCCCUGGUGGUCCCCUGAACAUGCCAGAGCCCCGGACAUCCAGUGGUGGCACCUACCCCAGAAUGCACCAUAACCCCCAGCAGUACGACUCUUGUGACGAAUGUAUGGCCGCUAUUGCUCACACUUCUAGCAAAAUCAAUCGCCUGCCCCCCACCCUGCUGGACCAGUUUGAAAAACAGAUGCCCCUACACCACGACGGCUUCCACACCCUCCAGUAUCAAAGAACCAGCACCACGGAGCAGCGCAGCGAGAGUCCCAGUCGCAUACGCCACCUUGUGCACUCUGUGCAGAAGCUGUUUGCCAAAUCCCACUCCCUAGAGACACCCUCAAAGAGGGAGUACAAUGGCACCAGGUAUGAAGGGCGUGGUGGGGAUGGCUACCAGCACUCCCAGCCUCGGCACAGCAAGAGGAGCAAAAGUAAAGACCGAAAGUCAGAACCUAAGCACCGCUCAAAGAUGGCAGGGUGGUGGAGCUCUGAUGACAACCUUGACAGCGACAGCAGCUUCCUGGUGUCAGCUCGUCAUGCCAUGGAGCACGGAGCUCCCUUCGGAGUGGACACUCCUGAAAGUGCCUUCAGAGACUUGACCUUAAAGAGUCUAAAGGGUGGAGGUGGAGAGGGCAAGUGCCUAGCCUGUGCUGGGAUGUCCAUGUCACUGGAUGGGCAGACACUGAAGAGGAGCACAUGGCACACUAUGACUGUCAGUCAAGCAAGGGAGGCAUAUCCCAUCUCGGGAAGCCACCAUCAAGACAAGAUUUUGAUGCUUCAGGAUGCUAAGGGAAAGGAGCGGGGUUAUCAUUACUUACAGGUGCCAUCAGACGAAUGGGGGGGCUACCCAGCACCGGGCAAGGAGGGUGAGAUACCCUGCAGAAGAAUGAGAAGUGGCAGCUACAUCAAAGCCAUGGGGGAUGAUGAAAGUGGGGACUCUGACACCAGCACUAAAAUGUCACCCAAGAGUGUCCCCCGGAGGGAAAGGUACCGAAGAUCUUCAAGCGUCGACCAUCCAAGAACCAAGUUUCCAUAUAAGCGAUAUUCUGACUCAUGUCUCUGUAACUGUCCCAGCUGCUGCACUCCACCCAAAAUCCAUCCCAAAGGACUGGGCUAUGGUCUCUCCAUCACAGGUCAGAUAAAAGGGGAGAUUAACCACCAUUCCGGGGCCACAUGCGAAUCUGUGUUCAGCGAGGCGGAAUCUCACGCUGUAGAAGCCUUGGAUCUCCCUGGCUGUUUCAGGAUGCGCAGUCACAGCUACCUCCGUGCUAUCCAGGCUGGCUGUUCCCAGGAUGACGACUGCAUCUCUGUGUUCUCCAUGUCUGCCCCUACAGGACAAGUCCUUUCCAGCAGCAUCCUGAAGCCCAACACUUCCUUCAGUUACCGCAAAGCUCCACCACCCAUUCCACCCCGGCUCCUCUCCAAGCCCCUCAUCUCGGUGACAGCCCAAAGUAGCACAGAAUCUACCCAUGAAACCUUUCUGCACAAUGAGCCCACACGGUUGCCUUGGUCCAAAGAUGUCAAGGGCCAAUGCAACUCCAAUGAGAGCCUGGAGGGCACCAAGCCAAGGGGUUUGUCUUUGGAUCUGGCCACUGUCCAGCACAGAGCUUCUCCUAAACCUGCCACUGUGAUCAACAAAGCCCUGCCAUUGCGUGAAGAAUUGAAAGGAGCCACUCGACAGAGGAAAUGGCGGCCAUCCAUUGGGGUACAGGUGGAGACAAUCUCUGACUCUGAUACAGAGGGAAAAAGCCGGAGAGAGUUUCACUCCAUUGGGGUCCAAGUGGAAGACGACAGGAGGCGGUCAAGAUUUAAACGGUCCAAUAGUGUGACGGCUGGUGUUCAAGCUGACCUUGAGCUUGAAGGGUUCACAGGGCUGACUGUUCCCACAGAAGACAAGGGUUUGCAGUUUGGACGCUCUUUUCAGCGUCACUCCUCUGAGCCAUCAGAUUCUGGCCAACAGUACUCUGUUUACAAAACUGUGCACACACAGGGCCAGUGGGCAUACAGAGAGGACUAUCAGUAUGAUGCAGCAGAAGAUGCUCGCCAAGAAUCCUGGAUGGACAGGGGUGCACGUAGUCUCCCUGACUCUGGAAGAGCAUCUCCAUGUCAUCGAGAUGGGGAAUGGUUCAUCAAGAUGCUUCAAGCUGAGGUAGAAAGGAUGGAAGGAUGGUGCCAGCAAAUGGAGAGAGAUGCUGAGGAAUAUGACCUUCCAGAAGAAAUUCUAGAGAAGAUCCGCAGUGCAGUUGGGAGCUCUCAGCUUCUUAUGUCUCAAAAAGUUCAGCAAUUUUUCAGACUUUGCCAGCAGAACAUGGAUCCCACCUCAUUCCCACUACCCACCUCUCAGGACCUGGCUGGAUUCUGGGAUCUCCUCCAGCUUUCCUUUGAAGAUGUGGGCAUGAAGUUUGCAGAACUUCAACAGCUGAAGGAAAAUGGAUGGAAACUAUUGGAAUGCAAGGAGGAGAAGAAGUUGCCUCCUCCCAUACCAAAGAAGCCUCUCCGUCAGAAGGUUCAUCCCAUAAAGGAUCGUUCCUUGGAUUCAGUUGAUCGUCAGAGGCAGGAGGCAAGGAAGAGGCUAUUAGCAGCCAAGCGAGCUGCCUCAUAUCGGCACAACUCUGCCACGGAGAGUGCCGAUAGCAUAGAGAUUUACAUCCCUGAAGCCCAGACCAGACUGUGA